GAUGGAGAAAAUACACUCGACACAGUGUUGAGUUGACUAUGAAAAAUUUCCCUUAUAGAGCUGAUUAUGAAUGAAGUCACAGUCUGACUGGAGUAAAACGUCCCCUGUUUGUUCAGCUGGCACCUUUUUCAAGUAUUCUGACUAUUUGUUUCCCCUCUUGAUCAGGAUUACCUCAUGUUUCAUCCAACUUUCAUGCAUUUUGCCCUAUUUUUCUACAAGGUGUUGUCUUUCUGGGUUUUAAGUAAAUAACGGCAAGCAUGAGUGCUUGAUGUCAGAGCAGCUUUAAUAUGAGGACAUUAUCUAUAUUUCUACCAGGUGAAGGGUACUAAUAGGCUGAAGUUUGAACAUUUUUCCUGUUGAGAUCAGUAAACGUUACGGAUUAGUGAUUGUAUAUCCUCCCCUGUGUCUGUGCUAUAGUAUCCAUUGACGUUUUGAUUGAAAGGUCCAUUGUCUGACAGACUGUGUUUCCUCCUCUGGCUCCCUUUUGUCAUCCAAUGGGCUUGGAGCCUCUAACGGUUACCAAGGAUCCCUGAAUUGAAACGGCUCUAACUCUAGCACACCCGUUCCUGCUGAUGUGUGCAGUUGUGCAAAGUGGCAUGUUGACCCUGCAAGCUCCCUCAUAAAUGGACAGGAUGCAAGUUUGGAUGUAAGGGUUGACAGGAGGAGAAGAAGAAGCAAAGAACUCAAAAACAGCUCAGGAAAAAUGCCUCCAAAGAGGAGAAACAAUGACAUAGUUGAUGUUGAAAAUGUUGGGAUGGAUGUGGAUGCUGAGCCUGACAGCGACAGUGAAGAAGAGGCGAGGAGGAAAAGUCGAAACAGGAGAGCUAAGUUGCAACGUAAAGCCAAGCAUGUCAGUGAAGAUGAGGAUGAGGAGGAUGAGGAUGAGGACGAGGCACCCCGACGACGAGGACGAAGGAAACUAACCAAGACAGAUGAUGAUGAUGAUGAUGAGGACGAGACCCCUCAAAGACGAGGACGGAGGAAGACACCCAAACCCCAGGACAGCAACCAAGACGAUGAUGGAGAGAAACGAAAGGCAGCAGCAAGAAAAGGAACAAGAGCCUCCAGGAAGAAGGUUUCUAAGGAGCAGAGCGAUGAAGAAAGCGAGGAAGACAAGGGGAGAGGAAAGAAAUCUGGGAGAGCUGUGUCCAAAAAGGAGAAAGAGGAGCAGAAUAAUGACAAGAAGGGAAACAAGAAAGGAAAAGAUGAGGAGAAUAAGGACAAGAAAAAGAAGAAUAAAAAGACAAGCAGCAGCUCCUCCUCCUCUUCUUCAUCCUCCGACCCGGACGAAGAAUCAUUGUCAGAGGGAGAGAUUGCAGCCCUGAAGGAACAGGUGGAGGAAAAGAAGAAGCUGAUUGCUACGUUAAGGAACAAACCCUGGCGCAUGAAGAAGAGGCUCUUGCUGCUCAAGGAGGCCCAGGAUUUUGUUGAAAAGUUUGAAGGUGCUCUAGGAAAAGGGAAAGGCAGGAGACUGUAUGCUUUCAAAGUCAUGAUGACAAAGAAACUAAUCAAAUUUAAUCGGGAUUUUGAGAACUUCAAAACGGCCUGUAUACCCUGGGAGAGGAAGAUAAAGGAAGUAGAAAGUCACUUUGGAUCUUCAGUCGCAUCAUACUUCCUGUUUUUGAGGUGGAUGUAUGGUUUAAAUCUGGUCCUUUUUGGGUUCAUGUUUGGCCUGGUAGUGAUCCCUGAGGUUCUUAUGGGUCUACCAUAUGGUUCAAUUCCCAGGAAAACUGUCCCCAGAGAUGAACAGGACACAGCUAUGGACUUCUCUGUCCUCUUUGACUUUGGGGGUUACUGCAAAUAUUCCGUUUUAUUCUACGGAUUCUACAACAACGAACGAAGCAUCGGGCUUCUGCAGUUCAAACUCCCUCUGUCGUACCUCCUCACGAGUGUCGGCGUUUUCGGAUACAGCUUGUUGGUUGUCAUCAGAACGAUGGCUCGUAACGCGAACGAAGGAGGAGACGGGGGAGAUGAGGGAGAAUUCAUCUUCAGCUGGAAAAUGUUCACCAGCUGGGACUAUCUGAUAGGAAACCCUGAGACUGCGGACAACAAGUACGCCUCCAUUACUACCAGCUUCAAGGAAUCUAUUGUAGACGAACAGGAGAACCAGAAAGAUGAGAACAUCCACCUCCGACGUUUCCUCAGGAUUUUUGCAAACCUCCUAAUCCUCUGCAGCCUUGGUGGCAGCGGGUAUCUCAUCUACUAUGUGGUGAAACGGUCUCAAGAUUUUGCUAAGAUGGACCCCAAAACACUCACAUGGUUUGAAAACAAUGAGGUGGAGUUUGUGAUGUCACUGCUGGGGCUUGUGUGUCCUCCUCUAUUUGAAACCAUUGCAGAGUUGGAGGACUACCAUCCUCGUAUUGCACUGAAAUGGCAACUGGGACGCAUCUUCGCCCUCUUCCUUGGAAAUCUUUACACAUUUCUCUUUGCUCUCUUUGAUGAGGUUAAUGAAAAGCUGGAAACUGAAAAAUCCAUCAAGAACGCCACUGAAUGGACUUUACAUCAAUACUACGCCAACUACAGCUCGUUCUACAACACCACAAGUGUGCCUCCUCCGAAUGUGGCCCCCGCUGAUGUCAUCCGGGGCCCCUGCUGGGAGACUGGAGUUGGAAGAGAAUUUGUGAAGCUAAUUGUCUCAGAUGUGCAGGUUACCUUUUUGACUAUUCUGGUCGGUGACUUUCUACGUGCUUUCAUUGUCCGCUUUCUCAAUUACUGCUGGUGCUGGGACCUGGAGGCCGGAUUUCCUUCAUAUGGAGAGUUUGACAUCAGCGGAAAUGUCCUAGGGCUUGUAUUUAAUCAAGGAAUGAUAUGGAUGGGCGCAUUUUAUGCUCCUGGUCUAGUGGGCAUGAACGUCCUGCGCCUCUUGACCUCUAUGUAUUUUCAGUCCUGGGCAGUGAUGGCUUGCAAUGUUCCUCAUGAGCGAGUCUUCAAAGCCUCACGGUCCAACAACUUCUACAUGGGCCUGUUGCUGCUGGUGCUGUUUCUUAGUCUGCUUCCUGUUGUGUACUCCAUGAUGACUCUGUCGCCAUCCUUUGACUGUGGACCUUUCAGUGGCCAAGAGAAGAUGUAUGAUGUGGUAAUAGACACUAUAAAGGCUAUGCCAGCUUUUAUUGGGAACAUUUUUACAUAUGUCAGCAACCCUGGGCUCAUCAUGCCUGCAAUCCUUCUAAUGAUACUGGCCAUCUACUAUUUGAACACAGUGUCAAAAGCAUAUCAACAAGCAAAUACUGACCUGAAAAAGAAGAUGCAGAUGGCUCGAGAUGAUGAGAAGAAUCGCAGGAACAACAAGGACAGCACCAAUCAAAUGAUGAAAGACUUGGAAGACCUACUGCCGAACAAAUCUCUUGCGCCGACUCCCGUUGAGGAGGAGAAACCGCUUGAUAUUGUAAUUGAUAAGACUAGAACAAAGCCAGGCACAGCAGGGAAAGGAGUAUUAGUGCAAAAGGAGGAUUCACUGGCUGCCCAGAACCCCAGGCGCCCCGUGACCCGGGCCCCUGGGCCAAGAGGGGGCCCCCCUGGAAACAUGAGGUCGCCUCAGCCUGAGCCUGGAAGAGGCAGAGGUCAGGGUGCGGCUCAAAGAAGAUGAACAACAAAAGAAAAUUUAAAUGGCUCACCACAAAUAACAACCAAUGGUAACAUCACUUUCACGGUCACCAGAGGGAACUGUUGUGUCAUUUGAGUGAUAUACUUUUUUAUUAAAUACAAACUUUUGUACAUUUGUAAAUUGUAGAAGUAUUGGUAUGCAAUAAAAAUAAAAUAUAACAAUUCAUCAUACUGACUUAGAUAUUGUUAGUGGGCUGUUACUACCAGGUAGAUUUCAAAAAUGCAAUGGAAACAUGAUCUGCUGAACUAUACCAAAGCAAUGAAUGAAACAAAUGAUAGAAAAAUAAAUGCAAAGAGUGGAUGGAUUCUGCCCUCCUCGUCAACUUAAUGUUGUUAUCGUUUGUCUAGUUCUUGAUAAACGUGUUACUAUCUGCUGUA